AAGGAUAUAGAUAGUGAAAAUUCCAAUUCACAUCACACACAAGAUUUUUGCACUUUGCUCAGAAAAGAAAUAAAUAGAGUAAUAAAAUAAAACUGGAACUCUUUGUAUGGGGGAAGAAAGCCUUGCCACGCCUCUGAGAGGAAGAGGGCAGUUUCAGUAGAAGCACUUUCAGUCUAUGAGAGAAUGCCAAGAACAUUGACUGCCUUGAGGUCUCCAGCACCAUUCUCCACUGCUAAGAGCAUGAUCUGGCUGUUCCAGUCUCUCACGCUUGUCUCCUGCCUUGGCCCAGGGAACACAGUUUCACAAACCAGCUCAACCCCAUUGAUUGUGAACGGGGUCCUGGGGGAGUCUGUAACACUUACCCUGAAGUUUCCUGUGGAAGAGAAGAUCACGUCCAUCACCUGGCUACAUGAGGGAAAAUCUGCCAUCUUCAUAGCGCCAAAUGAAGCACUAAACAGGGUGACUGACCCAAAGCGGAAAAAUCGAUUGAAUGUCACCGAGUCCUAUUCCUUGCAGCUCAGCAACCUGACGAUGGCAGACUCAGGACUUUACAGAGCCCAGAUAACCACACUGACCUCUUCACUGUUUACCGAUUAUGAUCUGAGGAUCUUCAGACGACUGAGGAACUUACAAGUUGUCCCUCACACCAAAUGGUCUAAUAAUAGGACCUGUGAGAUCCUCCUGACCUGCUCUGUGGAGAAUCCAAAUGAUAACAUCUUAUUCAGGUGGCAGGUCUCAGGAAACACACUUCAAAGUGAAGCAAACCUUACUAUCUCCUGGGACCCCAAGAGUUUCAAUGAAGAGACCUACACCUGCGUAGCUGAGAAUGCUGUCAGCAAUUCAUCCUUCUCUGUCUCUGUCCAGAGUCUCUGCAAAAGUGUUACUAAUGAAAAAAAUGAACACCUGGAUACCACGUGGAUUGUAGUGGCAGUUUCUUCAAUAUGUAUAGUCGUGGUCAUCAUCGUGUCAUUAUUUGUUUGGAGGAAAAAAAUAGGUUUCUUUCAAUUCUCUACUCAGCAAACCCAGUGUCCUGCAGAGACUGUGAGGAACGUAGAGUAUGCUUCCUUCUCUCCAGGGAGCACUGUGUAUGCUCAGGUCACCCAUUCAAAGAGGGAAAUGGAAAUCCCAAAACCUGUGAAAAACAAUGACUCCACCACAAUUUACUCUGAAGUUCAACAGUCCCAAGAGAAAGCCCACCUAUUCCAGGACAACUGCCUUUCACAGUGUCAUGUAAUUUGCUGAAAGUCUUCAAAGGAAUUCAGGAACAACACAUCUUCUAAUCCUAUGGGAGAGAACAGAGCUUGGUUUCUGUCUGACAACAGAAUUUGAAUAUCUAGGAUUAUCAGACUUGAAUCUGCUUACCUAGGUCAAACAUUUAAGGAAUAACAUCAUCUCCAGCAUAUGACCCAAAUAACAAUUUCUAAUCAGCUCCAAGUGAAAACAUACAUCAGAUACCAUGCUUGAAAAAAUCCUCAACAAAAUACUAGCAAUCCGAAUCCAACAGUACAUUAAAAGGAUCAUACACCAUGAUCACUAUCAAUUGAUCAAUUUCAAUAUCUGCAAAUCAAUCGAUGUGAUACACCACAUCAACAAAUUGAAGAAUAAAAACCGUAUGAUACGGGGGUGGAGUCAAGAUGGCAUACUAGGAGGAUGCGGAAUUCGCAUCUCCUCACAACUAGGGCACCUACUGGGCACUGGUAAGGGACCAUGAACACCUAAGUGGACAGGAGGAACCCCCAACAACCAGGUAGGGUGUGGGGGGAGUGUAGGGGUAGAAGAAGUGGAGGUCAGAGGGGACUGGCGUCCCUGAGGGUUGGCUGGAGGAGGGGAAGGGAUCCUAUGCUCGAAGGGGGAAAUUGGGGAACCACUGGGAGGGCAAAGGAUGAACAAGGAGUGUGGCCAGGUUUCUCCUGCCCACUUGGGCCCCCAGGAGCCUGCUGAGAUCCUGGGCCUGAUCCUCUGCCCACCUAGGGAUCCUCCAGCCAUACGGAUCUGAGGGAGGGGGAGGGAGGGAAGGGGGAGCAAAAGUAAAGGCCCGACCUCUAGGACCGGCACCCCUGAGGGGUGGCUGGGGGAGGGGAGGAGUUCCUACACCUAGGGGCACCCACUCAUGGUUAGGGGUCCAGUGGCUACAGGGGAGACCCUGGAGGUGACAGUGGGGGAGGGGUGCAAAGGAAUGGAAGGGAAUGUGGCCAGUGCUUUCCCUGUCCACUUAGGCACUGGGGAGCUUGUUGGGCUCCCUGGCCUACUCCUCUGCCCUUGGAGUCUCCCGCCUUACCCGCAGAGCUCAAGCCCUGUUCCUACACCCCCACCCAGGGCUCUACCUCUACAAUCGGAGACCCCUCUGAGACCCCCUUCAAUGUGCUGGGCCUAAACACCACCCAUACACCCUCACUCAGGGCCCUUCCUCCAAACUCCGGAACUCCACACUCCAGAGGCCCUCCUUGCUACGUGCUGCCUCUUCCCUUCCAUGCAGGUCCUAAGCAGAGGCCCCGUCCCAUGCUUGAACAUCGUCCAGCCUAAACCCCGCCCCCAGGGCCUUUUCUGGCUAUGUGGUCCUGAGCCUAGGCCCCGGGCCACACACAAACAUCAUGCUCCCACCUGCCUAAGUCCCACCCCACCCUAAACUCUGCCCCUGCCUUAGUUCCACCACUGCCUAAACUCCACCCCCAGAGCCAAGGCUGUUUUUUUUUUUUUCUUUUUUCUUCUUUUAGAUUGGGAUUCUGUUUUACCUUGUUGAUUCUCUUAUAUUUUCAUUUUUCCUAAUAAAUCUUUUAUUUUUCUAAUUUUAUUUUAUUCUUUAUACUUUGUUAUUGUUCUCUACUUUUGGCUCAUUCCCCACCACCACCUUUUUUUUUUUUUCUUUUUCCUGUUGUGGUUUUAUUUUACCUUGUUGCAGUUGUUUCAAUUAAACUUUUAUUUUUCCUAA